AUGCUUAAACGAUUUGAUGACAACAGUCGCCGGAUUCUCAAGUUUCCGGCGGUUCUUCCAUGCCAAGAUGUCAAUCCAGUGACGCUUCUUCGCUCUCUCAUCACUCUCUCCAACUUCAUAACCAAUUACCAGUCUCAACUCUUCGCCACGCAACGAAAAAACGUUCGUGAAUCGAUUCGACAGAUCGGGAUUCUUUCCAUGUUCUUCUGUGAAAUUAUGGAGCAAGACGUUUCAGGUUUACCGGAUCCUGCUGUGCUCUGUUUCUCCGAACUUCAUCAUUCGUUCCAGAAGAUUCUAUUUGUGUUUGAAGAUUGUACACGUAGUGGAGCUAGGGUUUUUAUUUUGAUGAAGUCUCACUUUGUAGCUACGCAGUUUUUGACAUUGAUACGAGCGGUUGCUACAGCGCUUGAUAUUCUUCCGUUGAAUUCGAUCAAAGUGUCGAUUGAGAUGAAAGAAUUGGUGGAGAUGGUUGCGAAGCAAGCAAGGAGGGCGAAAAUGGAGGUUGAUCCGGAUGAUGAUUACGCCAUGAAACGAGUCAUGUUGAUUUUAAACCAGUUUGAGAACAGGUUCGAACCUGAUCCGAUUAUUAUCAAGCGAGUUCUUUAUUAUCUAGGUAUUAAUAGCUGGAGUGAGUGUCACAGAGAAAUUAGGUUUUUAGACGAAGAGAUUAGUUUAGUAUCAUUAGAAAAUAACGAAAGAGAUCUCCAUCUAUUAAGUACUUUAGCUGGAUUCAUGAGGUAUUGCCGGGGAGUUCUGUUUGAAAACUUUGUUCUAGAAAAUACCGACGAUCAAUCCGCCGGAAGAUCAAAUCUGGAAAUCCUGAGCUGCUUAAAUCCAGAAGAUUUCCGGUGCCCAAUAUCUCUAGAAAUGAUGAUAGAUCCGGUGACUGUUUCCACCGGUCAGACUUACGAUCGGGUUUCAAUCGAAAAAUGGCUUAAAUCCGGCAACCUCAUCUGCCCAAAAACUGGGAAAAAACUAGCAACAACGGAGCUUGUUCCCAAUUUGAAUCUUCGGAAAGUUAUUCAGCAGUACUGCAUCGAUCAUGGAGUUUCAAUUACAAAAUUUCAAAAACAAUCGCGUGAUAUUUCUUCCACGAUCCUCCCGGGUAGUCCGUCAUCUGCUGAAGCGAUCAAGUUCCUCAGUGAAUAUCUGGUAAGAAAAUUACGAAACGGAACAGAGAAACAGAAAAGCAAAGCUGCUUAUGAAAUCCGAUUACUUGCGAAAUCAAACAUUUAUAACCGGUUUUGUUUGAUCGGAGCCGGAGCGAUUCCUCUUCUGUUAACUCGACUUUCGUCAUCUGAUUCAACUAUCCAAGAGAACGCCAUUGCAGCUCUACUCAAGCUUUCAAAACAUUCAAACGGAAAAAAGGUAAUCAUCAAUAACGGUGGAUUAAAUUCAAUCCUCGAGGUUUUAAAAAACGGAUCAAAACAAGAAUCUAAACAAAUAGCAGCUGCAACAAUCUUCUACUUAUCAUCUGUUCAAGCAAAUCAGAAACUCAUCGGAGAAAUCCCAGACGCCAUUCCAGCUUUGAUCGAACUAAUCAAAACAGGAACUUCAUGUGGUAAAAAGAAUUCAUUAGCAGCUCUAUUCGGAAUUCUCCUCUACCCAAGAAACCACCAAACCGCACUCUCAUCCGGAAUCGUUCCACUACUAUCCAACCUCAUUUCUUGUUCAGAUAAACCGGAAAUCAUCACAGAUUCAUUAGCAGUUCUAGCGACAUUAGCUGAAAGCUUUGAUGGAUCUGACAAAAUCAUGAACGCUUCAUCUUUACCACUUAUCAUCAAAACUCUCCAAACAUCGCCUUCACGAGCUGCAAAAGAAUACUGUGUAUCGAUCUUGUUGGCUUUAUGCAACAAUAUGGGAGUCGAAGUGAUUGCUGUUUUGGCCAAUAAUGCGAAUUUGAUCGGAUUCUUGUACACGAUGUCCACAAAUGGGGGUUCACAGGCCGGAAAAAAAGCUCGAUCAUUGAUUCAAGUCAUGCAUAGGUUCCAUGAGACCAGUAGUUCAGGUAUGGUGGCUAAUUGGGAUGCAUCUAGAAUUGCAACAAUUCAUUCAUGUUAG